UGAGACGGUGUCGUCUCAUUAUCAUAAGAGAUCCAAUUUGGCUUCUCCACAGGACAAAGAAAAAAAAAAAAAAAAGGGAGAGAAAACAAGCGCGUAAAGAAGGCGAUGAAGAAGCUGGCUAGAAAAUGGAGAAAAUCUCCAGAAGAUGAUCUCUCUCUCCCAACUAGAGACGAUAAUCGCCCUAUCGACACCCAAGAACAAGAGGAAUUGGUUCGUUCGUACGAAAGAAGGCAAGCUCAACAGAGUCGUUUGUGGAGGAGUGUGUUUGCUGUGCUUCUCUUCUGUUUUGCGGUUUUGCUUGUAUACUCCAUCUUUCAGCAGGUUUCAUCUCCAUGGGAACUGCGUUAUCAUGCUUACUUCAUGGAGGAGGUGGACUCAUGGAUGAUUAUAUGUGCAGAUUGGGUGGCUGUUGUAGCAUGUUCAUUGUCCAUCGUGGGUCUGCUUCAUGACUCGAGGUAUCGCAAGCGACGGAUCUGGUAUUCAUGCUUUAUUGGCAUGAUGCUUGCAGUUUUUUGGCUAUAUUACAUGUUGAGAUUGCCAAGGUUCCGAUGGGAUGUAAUUUGGCUUCCGUUUGGACCUCUUAGUGGAGCUGGAAUCUCCUUGUAUGUGGAUCAUUUACUUGAUGAAUCAUCGGAAGAAAUAAGAAAACUUAGGGGAUACAUGUAUGCUUUCAAGGCCAGAUAAAAGUUCCUUUCCAGACCAAUCUUCAUUCGUCUUUCAAAGUUCAUUUGAGACAUAUUACGGAACUAAUUCGAAAUAGCAGGCAAAUGCGAUCGGUACUAGAGGUAAAGGGCAUGCUGCAAAGGACUCAAUUGGGCGUGGCCGUAGUUACUUGACUCUCCAGUUCGUUUGGAGGCAAUUUUUGUAGUCGGGACGGCUGUUCUUCUGUAAACCAUAUGUUUAAAAGUUUGAUUGGAUACGUAAAUGACAUAAUUAAUUUGUUCGAAUAGCAGUAUUAUAAGAUCGCUUUAUUUUUUACCAGUUGGUUGAAUCAUUUUUUUUGGGGACAAUUUAGUUAAUUAAGUAUUUGUAAUCUUGUAAAAUGAGAUACAGAUGUAGAGUAUGAUGAGAAAUGUAAAGGGUUGGAAAAUAAAAGUGAAGGAAUGAGA